AUGAGGGUUUACUUGAACCAGCAGUUGGAAAAACAGGAUAAGCAAUUAACAUCCUUAAAGGAAUGGCUGAAAAGGGCCGAGGUAGCUGAAGAAAUAGCAAAAGCGGUUCAGGCUGAGUUAAGGAAUCAAAUAACUGAGUAUGAUAAGCUGUUUAACAAGAACGGGCUCACACAAAAAGAGUUGGCUAAGGUUAAGAGAUCAACCAAAGGCAAGAUGAGUGUCGAUAAAGAGAUGGUGGAUUCCUUGAAGAAAGAAAUGAGCAUUCUUUUAAAGAAAGUGGAAGUUGAAAAGGAGAAGAAUCGGCUAGCCCAUCUCGACAUAGAAGAGGAAAGAAGGAUCAAAGCUCAAUACAUGAUGCAACUAGAGGAAGAGAGAAGUUCAAGAAAGGCUGCAGAGUCUGAUAUGAGAGAUUACCAGAAGAGAGCCGAGUCUUCGAAAGGAAGGAUGAUGGCUUUACAAUCGAAGAUCGAGAUACGAGAAGAAGAGUUAAAAGAGAUGAGCAGCCAUUACUUCGAGAUGGAAGAGGAGCUCAGUAAGGCUAAGCAAGAGCGUCAAGAAUGUCAAGACUACAUGGACAACUUUACAGUUCAAAUUAACUCCAAAAUAGCCGAGCUGGAUAUCGAAAAGGAAGAACUACAGAGGGUAAGGGAUAAGUUGGCCCGGUCGGAGGAUAUGGUUCGAGUGUUGGAAAGAAGUAAUGAAGCCCUAGGAGCCAGCAACGAAGUGAUAAUUGCAGAUAACACCGUGUUCCAUGAUAAGAUAAGGCACAUAACGAAGCAGGUCGAGCAAGCAGCCCGUUAUGCAGAAAGAUUGCAACAACAAGCAAUCCAAGUUGGAAAUGAUGCUUCAAAGUAUUGGGAAUACAUGGCGGCCAUCACAUGUUUUAUUGGGGACUUAGCUAAUAGGGGAAACACCUUUUAA